CACUGCCAAUAAGAACGUGACUGACCUCAACAUUUAGCAACAUAGUGUCCAGAUCGUCCAGGCUGCUUGAUCCGGGCGCCGAAACAAACUCAACCUUUCCAGCUUCCCUCAGCAAGUCACGUUUGGGCGAGGUUUGGGAUCGAGGUGCCGCCGGGGACUUUUGGGCUGUCACAGCGGAUAUAGACCCACGGACGGCGGCUGGAGUAUCUGUGAAACAUAUGCAGCGGUUAUUUUUCAUUUCAUACAUAUUCAGAGAGGCUCAGUCCCAUUCGAUGACGUCCGCGGUGUCUUAACGUGCCUCCGAGACAGAGCUCAUCGGGCCCAGCUGGAGAGCUCCUGCCAAGAUCCUCCGAUCUGUUAAAACGUGUUGAAAGUGAAGAAGAGCUUUGUGCGCGUAAAUGGCGCCCGCCGUCGGUGGUCCUCAAGGCUACACGCCACCCGAGGGUGGCUGGGGAUGGAUGGUGGUGCUCGGGGCGUUCAUCUCUAUUGGCUUCUCCUACGCCUUCCCCAAGUCCAUCACCGUCUUCUUCAAAGAGAUUGAGACGAUCUUCGAUGUGACCAGCAGCCAGGUGUCCUGGAUCUCUUCCAUCAUGUUGGCGUGCAUGUACGGCGGAGGUCCAAUCAGCAGCAUCCUGGUGAACAAAUAUGGUAGUCGUCCUGUGAUGAUAGCGGGAGGAUGCCUGUCUGGAUCGGGCCUCAUUGCUGCCUCUUUCUGCAAUUCUGUUCAUGCACUGUACAUUUGCAUUGGUGUGGUGGGAGGUUUGGGAUUGGCUUUCAACCUGAACCCUGCCCUCACCAUGAUUGGAAAGUACUUCUACAACAAGCGGCCCAUUGCUAAUGGAAUCGCUAUGGCCGGCAGCCCCGUCUUCUUGUCCACCAUGGCUCCCAUAAACACCUGGCUUUUUGAAAAGUUCGGCUGGAGAGGAAGUUUCUUGAUCCUGGGCGGCCUGCUGUUCAAUUGCUGCGUCGCUGGUUCCCUAAUGCGGCCCAUAGGACCAAAACCCAAACCCGCAGAGAGGAGCACGGAGAGGAGGACGGCAGCGCAGCUCAUCAACAGCUUCAUCGACCUCUCUCUGUUCAAGCACCGCGGCUUUGUCCUCUACAUCACUGGCAAUAUCGUCAUGUUUUUUGGUCUCUUUGCGCCGCUGGUGUUCCUCAGUAAUUUUGCCAAAAGUAAAGACAUCCCAAAAGACAAGGCGGCUUUCUUACUGUCUGUGCUGGCUAUUGUGGACAUGGUUGCCCGGCCCUCAAUGGGCAUGGUGGCUAACACCAAGUGGGUCCGGCCUAGAAUACAGUACUUCUUCGCGGCCUCGGUGCUGUACAACGGUGUUUGCCACGUUCUGGCACCAUUAUCGGUCGACUACAAAGGCUUCGUGAUUUAUGCCAUGUUCUUCGGGUUCGCUUUCGGCUGGCUGAGCUCAGUGCUGUUUGAGACCCUGAUGGACCUGGUGGGCACCCAGCGCUUCUCCAGCGCCGUCGGGCUGGUCACCAUUGUGGAGUGUGGCCCCGUGUUGUUAGGACCCCCUCUGCUUGGAAGGUUCAAAGACGUGUAUCAUGAUUACAAGUACACGUACCAGGGCUGCGGCAUACUCCUCAUCAUCUCCAGUGUCAUCCUGUUUGCGGGGAUGGGGCUCAACUAUCGCCUGCUGGCCAAGGAGAAAAAAGAGGAGGAAAGUAAGGCCAGAGUGGGAAGUAGAGAGCAAAGGUCCUACAGGGACUUUGCUACCAAGAAGGUGGCCGAGGCGGGGAGCACAGAAGACACUGUCUGAUAUUCUGCUCCAAGUUAAUUGACAUUUUUGUUUAAUUAAAUAUUUUCAGCGAGGCAUUUAUAAGAAAAAAAACGUAUUUUCAGCCCUCUUCUGUUUUACAAUGAAUUUUUGAAGACCACCGGCGAAAGCCUGUUCUGAAAUUUCCUGUAAAACAUUUACGCACCUAUUAAAGCCCUUUAAGUCCAAUGAAAGAACCACAUGAAAUACCUCUGAUGGUGGAACUGUUGUAUAUGUUGGAAAGACUAUCUAGGUUUGCGUUUUAUGUCACUUAUACUGAUGAUUAAUCUCAGAUGUUAUUACUAUAACUUACCUGCAGCACACAAUUUUUGGUAUUUUAACCUUCUAAAAUGUACCUCAGGUUAUUACAUUUUAUAUUAAGAGAUAUGCAAAGUUCAGUAUUCAAUUAAACGUGUUAAAGAAAUUGCUACGUGCAUGAUUAUAGUAUUCACCUCAUCAAGCUUGCCGCACUGUCAAAGACAUUUAGAAAAGAACUAGACCGUGUGUGGUGUAAAGAGGUUUGAAAACAUCUGCGCCUCUUUCCCUAAACAUAUUUUCAUAAUAAUUCUCUAUUUCUCUUUCAAAUGUGUGUUGUUUGGUUCAUUUGUGAUGAUGAAUGAUGGGAAUUAUUUCUAAUUGUGGGCAAUAAACCUCUUUCUAUCACUUUA